AUGGCCCUCCGCCAACACCUCCGCUCCAUAACCGCCCACAAUGUCCGAACCCUCAAAACCUCUCCGCUGGCGGAACUCUCUGGCUCCCUCGGCGACCUUGGGACCCUCCUCCCACUCAUGAUAGCGAUGGCACUCAACGGGUCUGUCGAUCUCGCCAGCACACUCGUAUUCUCCGGCCUCACAAACGUCUUCACUGGAGCUUUCUACGGCCUACCCUUGCCAGUUCAGCCAAUGAAGGCCAUAGCAAGUGUGGCAAUCAGCCAGCACUUCAGCAAACAGGAAACUGCGGCUGCUGGACUGACUAUGGGCGCUGCGGUGCUGGUGUUGAGUGCUACUGGAUUAUUAAGAUGGCUCAACAGGGUUGUGCCAAUCCCGGUGGUGAAGGGGAUCCAGGUUGGGGCUGGGUUGGCACUUGUGAUCAGUGCUGGGACGAGUCUGGUCAUGCCGCUUGGGUGGGUGCAGCCGGCGUACGACAAUCGGAUAUGGGCUAUAGCAGCUUUCGUUCUGCUGGUUGUUGCGAGUCUGGUGCCGAGACUGCCUUACGCAUUGCUGGUGUUUGCUUUUGGCAUUAUCAUUGCGGCCGGCGUGGUCCCUGGCUCUGAGAGCGACAGCGGACUACAUGCCGGGAUAUGGCGUCCAUCACCUUUCGUGCCACGAGGGAACGCUUGGAAGACAGGAGCAGUGGACGCAGCCAUCCCACAACUACCUCUGACUACCCUUAAUAGCAUUCUAGCGGUCACAUCACUAUCGGCUACUCUAUUUCCGGACUACCCACCGACGCCUUCUACUACAUCUAUCGGCAUGUCAGUCGCCAUUGCCAAUCUGGUGGGAUGUUGGUUCGGAGCGAUGCCUGUCUGCCAUGGAUCCGGAGGCCUGGCUGGUCAAUACCGCUUUGGAGCAAGAAGCGGAGCGAGCAUCAUCGUUCUUGGUUCGGUAAAGCUGGUAUUGGGCCUGUUUGUUGGAGACGGCAUCGUACCGCUAUUACAACGCUUCCCGAAGAGCCUGCUAGGCAUUAUGGUAUUCGCGGCGGGUGUAGAACUGGCCAAGGUCGGGCAGACUGUUAACGAUGGGCGUGGAGUGUGGGAGCUCGCAGAAGAGGACAACGAAGACCGUCGAGUCGGUGGCAAGACUCGAAAGAGUCGAGACGAUGAAAUCAAAGACAGAUACAUGGUGAUGCUGAUCACUGCUGCUGGAUGCCUUGCGUUCAAAAAUGACGCCGUGGGCUUCUUUGCUGGCUUGCUCUGGCAUUGGGGUCUGAAAGCACCUGAGUUAUACGAGCGAUUGAAAAACGGCCGUGGCUCGAUAAAGCUACGGCACGACACUCACCGUGCUGAGCAAGGAGAGGGGUUGUUAGACCUGCGGCAAGAUGACGCUUGA